GCUGCGCAGGGCCGGUCUCCGGCCUCCUGUCCCCUCCGCUGUUCCUCUUCUCCCAGGCUCGGGGCCAGAGGUGGAGAGCGCGGGGUCGUGGCUCAGCCGGGGCCGCCACGGUGAACCCCAACCCAGACCCCGGGGCUCGCGACACCACAAAGGCCGGAAGGUGACACCAGGAGGUUGCUGGAAUGGGGGCCACCAGGGCCAGGCUGCUGUGGACAUGUCUUCUGCUGCUGCUGGCCCUGCUCCAGGAGUCGGGGAGUCAGGAUCUCACCUGCACAGCGUCCUCAAGCCUUGUGAACUGGACCCAGACAUUCAGUGACACUUGCCUCAAUUUCAGUGGCCUUGGCCUGUCCCUGCCGAGGACCCAGUCCCUGAGGGCCAGCCGCGUGCAGGUCCUGGACCUGUCCAGGAACAAGCUGCGGGCUCUCCCUGGGCUCUUCUUCGCCAGCCUGGAGAAGCUCCGAACCCUGAUUGUCACCCACAACCAGCUGCUCAGCGUAGACGGGGCGCUGGCGCUGCGCUGCGACCUGGAGCUCAGGGCCGACUGCAGCUGCGCGCUGGCCGCCUGGUACCACAUUCGCCAGAACAACUGCUCGGGGGCGCAGGAGCCGCCGUGUCUGCACCCGGGCUCGGGGGCCCCCGGGAACCUCUCCACCUUCCUGCAGCUCAGCUGUCCCGCCGGCUGGGCCCCGUGGGCCGUCGGCGCCCUCGUGGCAGGGACUCUCCUCCCGGCGCUGGCCGUCGGUGGGUCCGUGCUGGCCUGGAGGCUUCGGCGACACCGGGGGACCAGUGGCCAGGCCCUCAGCAAAGCCCAGGGCUCACACGACCCCCCCAGACCGGCGCCAGGCUUCCUGCCGAGCGCCCAGCGGCGGGGCCCCAAGGCGCCGGCCACGCCACCGGACAGGGCCACGCUGGACUACGAGAACGUCUUCAUAGGCCAGGGGCCCGAGGAGUGGCCUGCACCCGGGAGCCCUUCCGGGGACACCGACUUCUACAUGAAUUACAACGGUGACAACCUGGACCCUCAGCCGGUCUACUGCAACCUGGAGUCCCUGGGAAGGGCCCCAGGGUACAACCAGGAGUAUGUGGCCCCAGGGCGCUGAGACCCCAGCCCCUCCCUCCGUGGGGACAGAACACUGAGCCCUGAGACUCCGCCGCUGAAGCCCCCACGCUCCCCAGGACUCUCAACGUCAGAGGGGGUGCUAGGACCCCCAAAGUGUGAGGAGGGUCUCGAGCCGAACCCACGGUCAGUGGGCAGGCAGGUGGUGCUCAAUAAAUGCUGUGGGCCACAUGGGGCUAAGUGCCUGACUGACCCGGAUUCCACAUCCCCAUCUGGGAUCCCAAGUGGCUCUGCAUCCAUCUGGUCCCCCUACCCCCUCCUCUGCCCCCUCCCCUGCCCUCUCCUCCCCUCCCCGCCCCCCUUCCCUCCCCAGCUCUGGCUUCCUGGGUCAGAGGCUUGUAGCCUGUGUGGCUUCCCCUGCCUGUCUGUGUGUCCUUUUUCCUUUCCUUCUGUCCUUCCCAUCUAGGUUCACUGCUCACCAAAUAGACGGACAAACAAAUAAACAAAAGGAGCCUAAAGACACUCCAAGGCUGUG